GGGCGAGGAGGAGGGAGAAACCACCCGAGCGCGUCAGGAGGAGGGUGAAGUGCGGAAGGCCGAGAGUGGGCGGGGAAAACCUAGCGCCUUGCCUCGCGGGGAGAAACCAUUUGCUGCAGGACGAGAAAUGACUCUAUGGACCCCCGGGGGCCAGCCCCACAGCCUUUCCAGAGAGCUGAGAAACCUGGUCGGGUCCGCCGUCGGAAGACCAGACGGGAGCGUAAUGAGGCCCUGGUGGGCAGCCGCCGGCCGUUGGCUCAUCAGGAGCCUCCUGUGGCCAGUCGGAAUCCAUCCAUGGAUCUCCAGGAUCAUUUGGCCCCUACUGCCCCCAAGCUAGUGGUCAUAACCCAGGGCCGGCUAAGCCGGGAGCACCGGGGUCUCUUCAACCAUGAGGUGAAAUCUCUGGACGUGGCACGGCUGCUGAGCAGUGGGUCCCUGGAGCCAGACACUCCCAUAUUUUCCACUAAGCCUUCCCCAAGCCCAGGCAGGGCCCAAGAACCAGGCCCACAGUCAAGGGGCAAGGAGAACCAGGUGCCUGGAGACUCGGGCCCAGGCCCACCUAGUCCCCUAGAGCUCCCUGGCUUGGGGCAGCUGCUGGGGGAGCUGCAGGGCCAGCUGAUUCUGCCACAGGCCUUCCCCAGGAGGAACCUAGUACAAGAGGCCAGGGAUGCCAUCCUGGGCACCUUACAGGUAUGCCAUGGUUGUGUGCCCGACCUUACCCUGGUGCUCCAAGGCUGCCAGCCACCCUUGUCAGGGACCAAGCCUGGGGACUCUGAGAGACGAAGGAUCAACAGCCCUGAGCAGGGCCCAGGGGAAAGAAGGCAGAGGAAGAGAGAAGAACAGGGGACAAAGGAAUUCACCUUUGCUAUGCCGCACACCUCCAGCACUCUCACUACACACAGGGUGAGCCUGGCACCACCGAAAGGUCCUUGGCCACCCACAUUGCCUUCGACAUCUCCGGUGGCCUGGGGCCCCCCAACAGCCUUUGACCUGCUGAAAAGCAUCUGGCUAGUAGCCACACCAUCCCCUUCCUGGCCCUGUGGGGUCAGCACACCACAGUCUGUGCCUCAGCUACCAUCUCCCUUGUUUCCCCGAACCUCUGCCCUUGACUGGAGUCCCUGUCCCCCUGCCCCACUGCCCAACCUCUCCUAUACAGUGGCCCAGAGCAGCCCAGAGGCCUGGUCCUUUCCACCCAUGAGACUAUACUAAGGGGACUUACGCUGGACUAGGGGCAGCACUCCCAAUCACCUCAAUAAAAUACCUUCUUCAUGAUUUUCAGUGAGUGGUUGACUCAGGAGAGCAGCUUCCCUUAACUUUUGAAAUGGAGGGGAAGGUACUAUCACUUGUCACCUUUCUAGGGCCUGAGGGACCAGGAGAAUGGAGAAACCUGGGGCUUUAAUCA